AUCAGCGGCGGUGCGUUCAAUGCGCUUGUCCACGGCGAUAAUGGAAGCUAUACCUAAGAACCAGAUACUAGAGUAUAACUCGGACACGUUGGAAUUCCUUAGAAAACAGUAUGAGUUGGAUAAACCAGAGAGAUUGGAGCAGGCCAUCUCAAUUUUACUGGAUUGGCUAAACAAACAGGACCAUAUUGUUAGGAAAAAUUAUUCUAAAGGCUAUUUAGAAAGGGUAAUCAUCAUCAGCAAAGGAUCAGUGGAAAGAGCGAAAGUGAAAUUAGACAAAAUAGCUACCUACCGGACUCUACUGCCUCGGUUUUUUGAACCUUUAAAAGAUUUGUCGAAAAUAACACUUAUAAAUGAAUUGAUUAUCACUCUAGCACCGAAAAUGACUCAAGACCAUUACAGGGUGCUAGUGGCGAAAAAUGUAGGCAAAAAAUUUGAUGCAGGGUUCAUGGAUUUCUACAGAUACCUUAUCAUGAUUUGUGAGUACGUACAAGCUUAUGACUACUGUAAUGGCAUAGUCGGGGUAUUCGAUUACACAGAAACAAACAUUUACGAAAUGAUAAAAGGAAUGAAUGUGGUGGACAUGCAGCAAGCUUUAACAAUCAUAAUGGAAGGUUACGGAAUGCGGGUAAAAGGAAUCCAUUUUAUAACAACAUCGAAAGCGAUAGAUACUUUUAUUAAAUUAUUCAAAACAGCGCUGAGCAAGAAAGUGGCUGAAAGAAUUCAUGUUCAUAACAAGUUGGACACCUUGUAUAAAUACUUACCUGAGGAAAUUCUGCCCAGCGAUUACGGUGGACAAGAAAAAUCAUUGGAUGAACUUAGUGGUGACUUAAAAGCAGCACUGGAUUCAGAACAUUUCAUGAAAUAUCUUAAAGAGAUGCAAAACGCCUGUACCAAUGAAAACUAUAGACGUGAUGACAAGUUCAAUGAUCAAUACAUGGGGAUGCCAGGUUCAUUCAGAAAACUGACCGUCGAUUAAAAAAAAAAGUUCUUCUGCUUCGUCUUCGUCAACCGCUAUACUUUCACUGCUGGGCAUGGCGCACGCUGAAUAAUAAUAGUAACCGGAUUUACAAAAUAAUUUUUAGGCAAUACGACUUCGCUGUUUAUUUAGACAUAAAUGUAAUAAGAUUUUAGUAACUGUCCACUUGCUUUUAAUAUUUGCUUUCACGAGUAAAUUUCAAUCGUUUAUAGUAGAUAGGUACCUACAUUAAAAACGCUUUAACUGUAAAAAGCUCUUUUAUUUUUGACUUAUAGGUUGUAAGGUG